AGUGUACCCGAGAGAAGACGAAGGGAUAUCCUAUUUCUCACAGGGUCGAUGAAUGUCCGUGUUGAAUCUGGGUUCUGUACGAAGGAUCGCUGUGUAACUCUAAGAGACGCGAUCGCAAAAGUGAUGCAUGGGAAUGUGGGGUUUGCACGCAUUGCAGGCUACGUGCUCUCGUUUCGACGCGCUCGGCGUGAUAGUGAUAAGAAUCGAGCUGCUGUCAAGCAGCACAGCACAUGA